AUGCUCCUGUUUGUUUUCCAGGAUGGCUCGAUCGAGUUCGAGGAGUUCAUAAGGGCACUCUCUGUGACGUCACGGGGCAACUUGGACGAGAAACUUCACUGUGAGUUAUCUACCCUCUUACCGCCUUCUAGAUCUAACUUGUCACUUCCACCUCCCCCCACCACUCUUGUCGAAUGGGCGUUUAGGUUAUACGACGUCGACAAUGACGGAUUCAUCACACGAGAUGAGAUGUACAACAUUGUGGACGCAAUAUACCAGAUGGUGUGUUGUAGGAUUAUGAUACCGCCUCGCGUAGUUGAGACAUAUUUGGAAAUGGUAGGAGCUACAUAUCGUUCAGAGAAAAUUGCUCCACUAAAAGCCGUUUUCGCUUAUUGCCUCCCUAUGUCAGAACUUUUCGAAUUAAGCCGCGAAGAAUGGUCCAGAGCCACCAGUUUCACUAACGGUCUGAGAAAUUAUCCCCAACUCUUCUUAGGAAGUAGGAGUUGA